AGAAGGAGAAGGUGGGCCUCACCCAGGAGGGGAGGGCGCCCAGAAACUUCCUGCGGCUCUCGGCUCCACCGCAGACUGAGCGCAAGGUCAGUUUGGAGCGGGUGGCAGCCUGCCUGGGGGCGGGAGACCCUCCUCGGGGCUGGGCGGAGGCCUUUAAGCGCCUCGCCAUAUUGAAAGGCCACGCUGAGUCGUCUUUGUCUGCAGAGUCCGCCCACGAACUUUCAGCUGUAUUCUGGUGUCUGGGGCAAGGGAGAAGCGAUCGGAGCUCGUGGGACCCCAACUUGGAGCCGGGACACUGGCGAUUCCAGUUUGGACUGAACUUUGAGCCUCGGGACUGAGCGUGCUUCAGUUCAUGUAAGCAUCCUGGAAAACUGCUUGCUACAACUUCGAGGGGGUUGGGGGAGCCAACUUGGACUUGUCGCCUGAAGAGAAAAUUGCAGGGAGGAGACACUCUGUGUGAGCAGAGUUGCUAGGACUCUCCACCGCCCCCUCCCCAAGACUAGAAGCCAAGAGUCUGGGCUUUUUGCCCCCCCACCCGAGCAUCCACACUGGAGAUCUUAAAGACUCUCGAGAAAAGCCACGUAGGGGGAUGGUUCCCUUGGGGCUUCCUCCCGUCUCCCGAUUGCCUGAUCCUCUGGAGUGUCCCCGACGUCUGCAAAGAUGUCGAUCUGGACGUGUUAGUGGAGGCCUUAAGGCCUGUGGGCACCUUUAAGAAAAUCGGGAAGGUGUUCCGCAAAGAAGAGGACUCCACGGUGGGGAUGUUGCAGAUUGGGGAGGAUGUAGACUAUCUGCUCAUUCCCCGGGAGGUCCGCCUGGCUGGGGGCGUGUGGAGAGUCAUCUCCAAGCCUGCAACUAAGGAAGCUGAGUUUCGGGAGCGGCUAAUCCAGUUUUUGCAGGAGGAGGGCCGCACCCUGGAAGACGUGGCCCGUAUCAUCGAAAAGAGCACCCCACACCCACCCCAGCCCCGCAAAAGAGCCAAGGAGCCGAGAGUGAGGAGAGUCCCGCAGAUGGUCACUCCACCACUUAGGCUGGUUGUAGGCACCUAUGACAGCAGCAAUGGCAGCGACAGCGAGUUGAGUGACUUCGAUACCUCCAAAGUCAAAGGCAACAGGAGCUCCUCCGGGAGGACCAGGAAGGUGCGCAAAAUGCCGGUCAGUUACUUGGGCAGCAAAUUCCUGGGCAGCGAUGUGGAGAGUGAGGAUGAUCAGGAGCUGGUGGAGGCCUUCCUGCGCCGUGGGGAGAAGCCCAGCGCGCCUCCUCCACGACGCCGAGUCAAUCUUCCAGUGCCCAUGUUUGAGAACAACCUGGGGCCCCAGCCAUCCAAGGCCGACAGAUGGCGGGAGUAUGUUAGCCAGGUGUCCUGGGGGAAGUUGAAACAGAGGGUGAAGGGCUGGGCACCCAGAUCAGGCUCCGAGGUGGGCCAGCCCCAGCAGGCCUCCACAGGAGCUGAGAGAGUUGGAGAAAUGAGACACAGCCAAGCCAGUCCGGAUGAUGAUAGCUCCAGAAACACUGGAGACCGGAGCGACCAGAUGCUGGGUACCAGACACUGGAAGCCCAAGAUCAAGUGGGUUUCCUUGAGACGAUGCAGGAAGGAGCAGGUGCCACUCUCCGCUCAGGAGACAGGCAUGCCAGCUGAGGAGCACCCAGAGGCUGCAGAGAACCAGGGGACAGAGGCUGCAGCCGAUCUGGGGGUAGAGGCUGCAGCUAACCAGAGGGCAGAGGCUGUAGCUAGUCCAAGGGCAGAGGCUGUAGCUAGUCCAAGGGCAGAGGCUGUAGCUGAUCCAAGGGCAGAGGCUGCAGCUAGUUCAAGAGCAGAGGUGACAGCUAGUCCAAGGGCAGAGGAUGCAGCUAGUCCAAAGGCAGAGGCUGCAGCUGAUCCAAGGGCAGAGGCUGCAGCUGAUCCAAGAGUAGAAGCUGCAGCUAGUCCAAAAGCAGAGGCUGCAGCUAGUCCAAGGGCAGAGGCUGCAGCUGAUCCAAGGGCAGAGGCUGCAGCUGAUCCAAGGGCAGAGGCUGCAACUAGUCCAAAGGCAGAGGCUGCAGCUAAUCCGAGGGUAGAGGCUGAAGCUAAUCUGAGGGUAGAGGCUGCAGUUAAUCUCAGGGCAGGAAUCCCACCUGACCAAAGGCCAGAAGCCAUAGAUAGUCAGAGGGCAGAGGGCCCAGCUAACCAAAGAACUGGUGCUACAGAAAAUCAGAGGGUGGAGGUCCUAGCUGACCAUAGGGCAGGGAUCCUCCGUGAUCAGAGGGAGGAAGCUGGGCCUCAGGCUAUACAGGAAGCCUCAGCUGGUUCAGGAUCUAGGUCCCUGAAACAGGUAAAGACAGUGAGGUUCCAGACCCCGGGACGCUUCUCAUGGUUUUGCAUGCGCAGGAGAGUCUUCUGGCAUACUCCCAGGUUGCCAACCCUGCCCAAGAGAGUCCCCAGGGCAGGUGAGGCCAGGAGCCUCCGGGUGCUAAGGGCUGACAUCAGAGCAGAAGUGGAACACAGAGAGCAAGAAGAGCAGCUGUAAGGGAAACCCAGUGCCCCUGCCCCCUGCCUGCCCUUGUUAGCUGCUAGGAUGCCCCUCUCUUUUUCAGGCUCCUUCUCUCUCCAUGUUUGAAAAUGGAGGCUGUGGGGGGGUUGGGGGUGGGGCAGGCAGCACUGUCCACACCUUUCUCCCCUUU